ACAAUUUAAGUGAAUUAAAAAUAAAUUCGCAAAAAUAAAAGAAGUUAUUUAAAUUUCUUUUAUAUGUUUAGGAAAAAAAUAUUUUCUAAAAUAUUUUUUUUAAUAAAAUUAUUUACUUUAUUAAAACCGUUACGACAUAAAUUAAAUGACGUCACCAUGUUUUAAUUUUUUAUUUAAUUAAAAUUAUUCCGAAACCUAACGUUGUUAAAAAAAAGAAAACAAUUUUGAAAAUAUAAAAAUAAAAAAUUAUUCAAACAAUUUAAAGAUUUAUUAUUAAAAUAAAAUAAAAUAAAUAAAUACUUUUCAUUGCUAUUUAUUUUUUUGAGAAUACAGCUAACUAAACUUAGAAUUAAAAUUUUAUUCUUUCGAUAAAUAAUUAAUUGCUUGAUAUUUAAGUUUUUUUAAAAAAAGUAUCAUCUCUUUUUAUUCUUGAUUAAAAAAAUAACCACAAUUAUUGUAUUAUUGAAAAUACCAAUACUACAGGAAAAACCUAUAUACAAUUAUCAUUAUCUGUAUAGCUAAAAAUUAUUCUGCUAUAUUUUUUACCAUUUUUAAAAGCCUUAACUAUUUAAUCUUUAUUUUACCUAUUAAUUCAAAAUGGAAGAUAAAUACAGUACUUUUGAAGUAACUUUUGACGAGAAAACCAAAAAGGUUGAUGAUGUUAUCCCAGCACCUGAUGAUGAUGCAUCAUCUGUACAAAGCUCAGUCCCAUCCCUCAUUAAGGAUGCAGAUAACUAUGUGAGAGGAUUAUUCAGUGGCUUAAUGGGAUCCUCUAGUGAUGAUGAUUCUAGCGUAGCUGAGGAAAAGAAAGAAAAUAAAGAAGACGAAGAAGAGGAAGAGAAACCACUCUUAGUUCAAUUGAAAGAUGCCUUUAAGAGCACUUUUGACAAAAGAGGUGUAGCUCUUUUGGUAUUAAUAUUUCUCGUUGGAUGCUUGAUCUACAUGCACAAGAAUGGACACUUGGCCAACUUUACCAAAAUGCUUCCACUUGCUUACUUAACUGGAGAAGCUCACGAUCACCACCACCACCACAACCACGGACAUGCCGGAUGCACCUGCAAAAACAAGGGGGCAGCAAAACCAGUUGAGGGAGCCCCAGCUGGUGAAUGCCCAUGCCAGAGAGCUAAAAGAUUAGCCGAAGAAGCAGCAGCUAAGGCAGCAGCAGAAGGCCACGAACAUUCUCAUUAAAUGAAUUUUAGAAGAUCAUUUAUCGUGUUGGAAGAAAAAGCAGAGAAAGAAGAGAGAGUGGAAGAAAAUGGUCCAGCAAAGAAAUAACCAAGCUAUCGAUUUCGUAGCAGCACAGCGAGAUUGACGAAGAAACGAACCUUGGGGAUUGAAGGUGGAAGAAAAAUCCAAAUAAUCAGAUAUAUGCCCACAGUGUCUGUUUUGAAAUUCGCCCCUUAGAAAUGGGUCACAUUUAGGGCUGCCUAUAUAUACGUAUGUAUCAUUCAUCAUAUGUAUGUGUAAAAUGGUCCAUUUUAUGAUGCCACCAAAGUUGUGAACCUUCAUAUGAGAUUUCCCCCCACUCGCUGUCGCCCAUUACUUGCGGCAGAGUAAGUACAUUUUUGCUACAUAUAUUACUACUAUGAUGAUCUAACUGGAAAAUACGCGAGACGGGUAAAAGCCGGUCCCCUUUCGAAAGAUUUUUAUACAAAAACUUGUUUAUUAAAAAAUAUAUUACAUACAUACUGCAUACGUACAAACUUAUACGUUUCAUGAAGAGUGCAAGCCACGUUGAUGCUUUGAUGCAAAUAUAUGCGCAAUGCUACAUUAUAUAUAUAUUUAUUUAUAUAUUUAUGUAUAUAUAUUUUUACAUGUAUAAAAAAAAAUGAACGUUUUCCUUUUAAUUCAACUUAACGAAUAAUUAUGAAUUGAAAAAAAAAUUCGGUGAAAUGUUUAUUCAGCCCUGAAAAUGAUGUACGCUGUUUUGUUAUUUUAUAUUUAUCCCCUUUUGUUUUAUUUUUUUUUUUUUGAUAUGUUGAAAUAAUUAUAAAAUAAAAUUAUACAACGAUGAACUUUUUUAGCAGGGCUAUAUUUCUUAACAAAUGCUUUGUUAUGAAAUUAGAACGACUGUAAAAUAUAAAAAGCUUUAAAAUGAGAAAUGAAAAAGGGAUAAGCAUUUUCGAUUUAAGGAUAAUACAUGCACAGUUGUGCGCAAAAAGGAUUGUGCAUGAAAAAUUGCCUUUUUUUUCAACUUUGCUAAAGUAAGUAAAAGCAAAAUUUUUCAUUAUAAUGGAACAGCAAAAUGUAAUGUGUUUGUCCCCUUUUGUUCAUUUUCCGCAUAAGUUGCAAGUGCUUCGAAUAACAUUUAGGGGAAAAAAUAUAAGUUGUGUUUAUGAGAAGCUUGGCAUUAUAAAGUAAGGGAGGGUGAGCUAUACCUUAUGGCAAUUAAAUGGUGCUUUUUCUUUUUUUAUGUCAUAAUGGGUAGAAAUAUUCGCGAAAUUUCAUUCUGCAUGGAAAAACAAAAUGACCCUUUUAGAUUAAAGUUCGAAUUCGUUAACAGUUACAUGUGCUGGUAUUUACAGAGGUACAGCGAGACGGAUUGUGGAUACAGAAACUGUGUGCGUUUUCAAGUUUUUCCCUUUCUAUAUAAAUACCAUGCGGUGGGACAUUCUUCUUUUCACAGUUGUAAAUAUAAACGAGGAAAACAUAACCGAGGUUAGCUAUACUUUAAGGGUUUUUUUUCGUCCUUCAUUUGGCAUGUCCCUGCGUGGAUUAACCUUAGAAAUAUAGUGUAAGCUUAUAACACACAGCGUAGACAUGCUGAGUAACUUUUAAAAAUUUUAUUUACGCUUUCGUAUGUUUCUUCCU